UUAAACCACACCUACACUGCGACAUCUGAUUGGACUUACGCACAUGUUGCUAUCAUUUAACAAUCAGACAGGAGAGAAUCCCUGUCUCUGUGUCUCUUGUCUGAUAGUCCAUCACAAAAGGAUUUAAGUCCUUGAUCAGAAACUGUAACUCAGCUGUUUCUACAGACCAUUAUCCUCAGCUCAGACUGAUCUGUAAAGAUGUACCGUGGACUAGUUUUACUGUUCUUGGUUUUGGUGCUGGAAACCCGAUGGAGUGAAUCGAGCUGUCAGCAGUCUCAAGAGUCUGAAAGAUCAGAUUCAAAUGAGAGUCCAAGUUUUCGGCUGUCGGCUCAUAACUUGCUGAAGAGGUAUAAUGACAUAGAUUAUGACAGUUUCGUCGGAUUGAUGGGGCGCAGAAACGCCGACACAGAUGAUAUACCACCCCAACGUAAAAGGGAAAUGCACGAUAUCUUUGUUGGACUCAUGGGUCGACGAAGCGCUGACCCUGAAACUGGGCGUCCAUGGAGGAAAGAUUAUCCAGAAACAAGCAGAGGCAUUUUCUUCAACAAAUGCAAACUGAGAUUUCGUCGUGGGUUAUAGGCAAAUGAAUUAUUUCAUAUCCGGUGAAUCGUCUGUACCACCCUGUCAUGACAGCUUCUUUUCAAGACAUUUCUGUGGAGCAAAAUCAUUUAUUUUACAAAAGUAAUAGAGCAAAAGAAAAUAUUUAUAUAAAAUGAAUCAAAUAAACAUGAUUUCCUAUGG